GAAGCACAGAGACGCAGAAGGAGGAAACCCGCUCCAUUCUGAUGAGUGAUAAUCUCUCGAAAAGCUCACAUACCUCCUACAGUCCUUAUCUGAGCAUCGCUGUUUCCUUCUUUCUGCAUCAGGACUUUUAGAUUCAAUCCUCAUCCACAGCCAUGAACUACCUGCGCCGACGUCUCUCUGACAGCACCUUCAUCUCCAACCUGCCUAACGGUUACCUAUCAGACCUGCAGAAAGCUGAUCCUUCCCAGCCUUCUCCACCCGGGAUGGCGUCUGAAUCGGCUCCUCAGGUUUGUCCGACCCAGAACCCGAGCCCGAACCCAGAGACGAAACCCCAACCUGCUGCCCAGCCCUCAGGUGCAGGAUUUUUCAGCUCCAUCACCAACGUAGUGAAGCAAACAGCAGCCUCGGCAGGGUUCGUCGAGCAGACCCCCGUCCCCGUUAGCAAGAAGUUCAAAAUCCUGCUGGUCAUCGACGUGCCGCAGCAGGAAUGGGCCAAAGUGUUCAGAGGAAAAAGGCUGCAGGGAGAUUAUGAGGUCCGGGUGGAGCAGGCUGAGUUUCAUGACAUCAGUGUGGUGUCUCACACUAACGGGACGUGCAACGUGGCCAUGCAAGUGCUCAGGAACGGGACCAAGGUGGUGCGGUCCUUCAAGCCUGACUUUGUCCUCAUUCGCCAGCACGUGUUCAGCAUGACAGAGAACGCAGAUUUCCGGAACCUGCUGAUUGGUCUGCAGUACGCAGGAGUCCCCAGUAUUAACUCUCUCCAGUCCAUCUACAACAUGUGUGAUAAACCGUGGGCAUUCGCUCAGCUGAUCAGCACACACAGGAAACUGGGAGCUGAAAAAUUUCCACUGAUCGACCAAACUUACUACGCAAACUACAAAGAGAUGGUAACCAUGCCAACCUUCCCUGUGGUAGUGAAGAUUGGACACGCCCACUCCGGUGUGGGGAAGGUGAAAGUGGACAAUCACACAAAGUUCCAGGACAUUGCGAGUGUGGUGGCUCUCACACAGACCUACAGCACGUCCGAGCCUUUCGUCGAGUCCAAGUACGACAUCAGGAUCCAGAAAAUCGGAGGCGAAUACAAAGCUUACAUGAGAACCUCCAUCUCAGGCAACUGGAAGUCCAACACAGGAACAGCCAUGCUGGAGCAAGUGGCCAUGACAGACAGGUAUAAGAUGUGGGUAGACACGUGCAGCGAGCUGUUCGGGGGUUUGGAUAUCUGUGCAGUUAAAGCCAUUCAUGGUAAAGAUGGAAAAGAUUACAUCACUGAGGUGGUUGGCUCAGCGAUGCCUCUGGUUGGAGAUCAUCAGGCUGAAGACCGGCAGCUCAUAGCAGAUUUGGUUCUAACCAGGAUGAACCAGGCCAUGUCCCAAAACCCGAAGAGACCCACCACCAUCCAGCCUUCACAGAAUGGAGCUCAGAAGGACACAGUGAUGGACGGGAAGAAGACUCCAUCUCAGAAAGCUCCACAAGGCUGUCUGCAGUACAUACUUGACUGUAAUGGAGUCGCAGUUGGACCCAAACCUGUUCAGGCCAACUGAGGGAGAGAGAGAGAGAGAGAGAAAGAGAGAGAGAGAGACAGAGAGAGACAGAGAGAGACAGAGAGAGAGACAGGGAGUAAACAUGGCUUCUUGACACAGGGCCAAGAUCUUGACACAGAUCAGCAGAUUGAAAGGUGAUGAGGCCAGUGUUGUGUGUGUGUGUUUGUGUGUGUGUGUGUGUGUGUGUAAGGGUGGGGUGUGUAUUAGAGAGCAAACCCAGACUGUGUUUUAUCCCCUAUGCAGUGUCAGUGUGUGGCUUUAGUUGUGCGCUUGUGCUGGUUGCUUGUUUGUGUGUAAAGCGGUUGUUAAAUUCAGGGCUGUGUUUAAUUAAUGUGGUGUAUUUAUAACGAGCAGAUCGUUAACUCAGAGCUCAGUGUUGCUUUUCCCUGCUUUAAUUACCGUGGUUUUAAUUUUUCCUCUCCUGGUUUAGUCUUGCUCGGUGUUCAGACUGUUCCUGACUCUGUGCGUUCAGUAUACAUGUGUGUAUGAACAUUGUUUGUUGCCUUUAUUUUGCAUGAGCACCAGAAGCUUUUUUGACCCUCACAGUUCAUCUGAACUGAACACAUUAGUCUCGUUGUGGAGGUGUAACUGAUAUCGUCACGUAAAAGCUUUUCACUUUAGUGGCUCCUUAUUUUACAUAUAAACUAAAGCCAGGCUUUUUUUCAGUGUUGAUUUGUUAAAUGUGACCAAUACUGAACUUUUCUAUCAUUUUGAAGUUUAAAUAUGUUUCUAAAAUGACAGACGGUUAUGAUAAAAAUCAUGUAUAUGAUGCCAGACUACUUACAGUAGGUAGAGCUAUAGAUGUUUAUUAUAGUGAUGCACCAGAACAUCAUCAUCAUCAUCAUCAUCAUCAUCAUCAUCAACACAAUAAUAACAAUAAUAAUUUUGUUUACAAAUUAUAGAAGUAAAUAACAAUAAACAAUUGAACGUUCAAAAAUGAUGAUGAUGAUGAUGAUGAUGAUGAUGAUGAUUAAUGUGCUGUCACAUAAAUUCCAACAGUUCUAUGUUUAAUUAAUUCUAGGUUUAGUUUUGUUUGGUCUGAAGUGACGUGUGUGUGGAACAUUUACCUGUUUUCUAACACUGCCUUUAAUUUCAUUUCAUUCUACUCCUUUAUACACACAAUAUCUAGACUGAAUUUUUCAGACUAUAUGAUGUUUAUAUGAAGACAUUUUUACCUGAAAGUUUUUGUUGAACUUUAAAAAAAAAAUUAAUAUUUUGUUAUUUUUGCUUUUUUUCUUUUUUUUUUUGGUGGAAAACACAAUUUUGUGUCCGUUUUUUGUUCAGAAAAAAAUCAGUGGACAGAAUUUCAGUGCAUCACUCACUUGUUGGACAGGUUUGCUGUGGGGUUUCAUUUUCUAUGGAUAAUAUUAAUAAAUUAAAAGUAGACCUGACUGUAGACCAAAGCUGAAGACUUCCCCUGUGUCGUAUGUGUUAAAGUCUGAAGGAAUCAUCGGUGUGAUUUAUACUGACAGCGGCUCGGUCAGGGCAGAGUUCAGGCCCAUUAGAGUUUAAACGCUGGACUGUAGAGAUGGGAUUAAACUCUAUGAUGAUUUCUAUAGAACUCUACACAGACCGUUAUGUCGUAAGCCAUAUGAGCGUGAGGUGACGGUGGACGUUGUGUAUUUUCAUCUCCUUGUGCGACUGUCACUGUGAUGAGAGCUCGCAGGUGUUGAAGGUUUGUUUUACUGCCGUUCUUUAUAUUUCUGCCUUAUUUCACCUAACAAUAAGUGCAAUAUAGACACACACAUUUCUAUCUAUAUCUCCGUCUGUAUCUGAUCACGGCCAGAUCACUGAUUGUAGAGCUGAAGGUCUGUAUUUUAGACUCAUCUGUGUAUCAGUGUUUUAUAUUUUACCUUCAAUGGUUGUUUUUAAUUCCAAAGUGAAUGAGUUCCAGUGAAGCAUGAGAGAGACAGAGAGAGUGUGAGAGAGGGAG